GUUUCCUGCAGCGCAUUUGUAUCGUCAGCAAAAUGGCUUCCCCAGCUGCUCAACCAACAGCCGAACGUGCUGAAAGUCCUCCUGAUGUACCUGGCGUACUAGAAGCAGAAGACUAUGGUGGAGACACUGAUUCUACAUUAGACCUCGGAGAGGGCUCUUCCAGUUACAUGACAUCUCUCAAAUCAAGCAUCUUUAGCUAUAGAUAUGAGCACGGCCGUCGAUAUCAUGCAUUCCACGAAGGAGCAUACUUGGUGCCAAACGACGAUGAAGAGCAGAACCGCAUGGAUCUGGUUCACCAUAUCUACAGUCUUCUUCUCGCGGGGAAGCUUCAUACUGCCCCAAUUGACAAUCCCCAACGUGUCCUUGAUCUGGGCACAGGUACUGGCAUCUGGGCUAUUGAUUUUGCAGAUGAGCACCCUUCAGCCGAAGUAGUCGGGACAGAUUUGAGCCCCAUCCAGCCUGACUGGGUUCCUGCCAACUGCGUUUUUGAAGUCGAUGAUUUUGAAGACCCAUGGGUUUACAAGAAGCCGUUCGACUACAUCCAUGCCCGAGAGCUUGAGGGAUGCAUCAGCAACGAGCAGCAGUUCUUUGAUCGUGCGUUCAAGAACCUCAACAGCGGCGGUUAUCUCGAACUUCAAGCCCAGCGUGGUUUCUUCAUGUCAGACGAUGACUCGAUCAAGAAGGCCGUCAAUGCAGAGGUCUGGGCUGAAGCAGUACGCGACAGCAGCAAUAAAUUCGGAAAGCCUAUCGACUGCGCCAUGAACUGGAAAGAAAAGGUGAUCAAGGCGGGUUUCGUUGAUGUCCACGAAGAAGUCCGAAAGAUUCCAAUUGGUGCCUGGCCUAAAGACCCCGUCCUGAAGGAAGUAGGCAAGUGCCAGGUCGUUCAAUCAUGUGCAGCCAUUGACUCGUAUACGCCAAUGCUUCUGGAAAAGGUCCUUGGAUGGGGUAAAGAGGAGACUCAAGUUCUUAUGGCGAAGGCAAAAGGGGAGCUCCGAAAUCCCUCUAUUCAUCUGUAUCUUCCCGUCUACUUCAUCUGGGGGAAAAAACCAUAGGACUUCGAUCUCUGGUUGUCAGUAACAAAGAGGAGUUAGGUUCGACUGGCAUGGGUGAUGCGAAAAGCAAAUAACAAGCUGAAAUAAGUCAACAGAACCGUGUAACUUGUAUCGCUGAGAUACGAUAGGACAUAGCAUACGUGCUAUGAGCGCUUGCCUGAAUCUCGCUUGUUUCGCAAAUUG